UUUACCAACAAUGCCACAUUUAGAAACCCAUUUUGAUGCUUAUGAUAGGCAUAGUGGCAGCUCAAAACUUGUGAGAUUGAGACAGCAUUGAUUUAGAAGAAAACACAUCCGUGGCUCGAAAUGCAAAUGCUCAUGCAAAAUCAACCUCGAAGGAAGAUUCUAAGCUCCGACCAAGACCAACCAUGGAACCGAAACUUAAACGUGCGUCUCCAGCCAAUCUGGACGGUACCAUAAAUUUUGGCUUUGUCAGGCAGGGACUUGGCACUUUUGGCUCGACAAAAACCUUGUAAGAUUAUUCUUUGCUUGUUUUACUUCCGUGUGCGACUUGUUCAAAAUCCCAAUGCUUUGAGCAAAAAGUAAGACUCAAACUCUUUUUCUUGUCACAACACAACAAAAAGGUUGUGGCUUGACUUGUCAAUCCUACUCUUCUACUCCAACCCUUUCUUCUUCCUCUCUUUCCUUCACCCGACAGCCGAACCAAAAAAACAAUCCUUUAAAUUCCAUUGGACAUCAGCUCCACCUCAGACUAUAUUUUCUCCUUUCUUAUGCUCCUUGCAUCCUUGAUGAAAACUCGUAACUAAAAAAAAAAAAACCCAAAACAUAAAAUUUUAUCCCGAAAAACAUGGAAGUUUUAUGUUCUUCUUCGUCUUCUUCUUUACCAAUCCAUUGCCAUUCACGUUGCCUAUUUUCCCAUCCUUCAUCACCUCCACGUUUACCUUUCCAUUUCCAUCGAAAUAACAAUAGUUCAAUUUCUUCUUCAAAUUCUUCUUGUUUUGGUCUCUCAAUCUCUCGUUACAAUAACUUUGUUCACGUUAAACACUCCCAUUCUCGUAAAAGAAGAAAACCCGUUCAAAUUUCUGCAGUUUUCGAGCGUUUUACAGAGCGAGCGAUCAAAGCCGUGAUCCUUUCUCAAAGAGAAGCUAAAUCUCUGGGCAAGGACAUGGUUUUUACCCAGCAUCUUUUGCUGGGUUUGAUAGGUGAAGAUCGUGACCCCAAUGGUUUUUUGGGGUUAGGCUUAAAGAUUGAUAAGGCUCGAGAGGUUGUUCGUAGCAUUUGGCAAAGUAGUAAUCAUGAUUCUGGUGAGGGUUCGGGUUCUGCGUCGGGUAAACAAGAAGGGUCUAUUGUUUCUUCAACGGAUGUGCCGUUUUCAAUAAGCACGAAACGGGUUUUUGAGGCUGCUGUGGAGUAUUCGAGAACUAUGGGUCAUAAUUUUAUUGCACCCGAGCAUAUUGCUAUUGGUUUGUUAACCGUUGAUGAUGGAAGUGCUGGUCGGGUCCUUAAAAGAUUGGGAGCAAAUGUAAAUCACUUGGCAGAUGCAGCAUUCACCAGACUGGAAGGGGAGCUAGCAAAAGACGGUAGGGAACCUUCAAUGUCAUCAAAAAAGAUGUGUGAAAAAUCUCUUUCUGGUAAUGCUGCUGUUUUGAAAUCCUCUGACAAGGCAAGAGGGAAAAGUGCUUUGGCUCAAUUCUGUGUGGAUCUUACAGCUCGUGCAAGUGAAGGACUUAUUGAUCCUGUUAUUGGCAGAGAGACUGAAGUUCAAAGAAUUGUUCAGAUACUUUGUCGCAGGACAAAGAAUAACCCUAUUCUUCUUGGUGAAAGUGGGGUUGGUAAAACAGCCAUUGCUGAAGGAAUUGCGAUUAGUAUUGCGCAGGCAGAAAUCCCAGCAUUUCUCCUGAAUAAAAAAAUAAUGUCCUUGGACAUAGGACUGCUAAUGGCUGGUGCAAAGGAGAGGGGAGAAUUAGAGGCACGUGUUACUGCUUUGCUAAGCGAGACAAUAAAAUCAGGUGAUGUCAUUCUUUUUAUUGAUGAAGUUCACACACUUAUUGGAUCUGGUACAGUUAGCCGAGGAAGUAAGGGAUCUGGUCUUGACAUUGCCAAUCUAUUGAAGCCUGCACUUGGGAGGGGUGAAUUACAGUGUAUCGCAUCAACAACUAUAGGGGAAUAUAGGACUCAAUUUGAAAAGGAUAAAGCAUUAGCACGAAGAUUCCAGCCAGUGUGGAUAAAUGAGCCAAGCCAGGAGGAUGCAGUUGGGAUACUGCUUGGUCUGCGUGAAAAAUAUGAGUCUCAUCACCACUGCAGAUACACUCUGGAAGCAAUAAAUGCUGCUGUGUACCUGUCAGCAAGAUACAUUCCUGACAGGUAUCUUCCAGAUAAAGCGAUAGAUCUCAUUGAUGAGGCUGGGAGUCGAGCUCAUAUUGAGGCAUUUAGGAGGAAAAGAGAGCAGGAAACUGGUAUUCUUUCAAAGGCACCUGAUGAUUAUUGGGAAGAAAUCAGAACUGUUAAGGCCAUGCAUGAAGUGGUCAUGACCAGUAGGAUGAAACAUGAUGAUGGUGCUUCCAAUGUUGAUGAUUCUAGUGAACUCCUUUUGGAAUCCCCUUUGCCUUCCACUUCAGAUAAUGAUGAACCUGUAGUGGGACCUGAAGAGAUUGCAACAGUUGCUUCAGUUUGGUCAGGGAUCCCAGUGCAGCAGAUCACUGCAGAUGAAAGAAUGCUUCUAGUUGGCCUUGAUGAGCAGCUUAAGAAAAGGGUUGUUGGUCAGGAUGAGGCUGUUGCUGCCAUUUCUCGAGCCGUUAAGAGAUCUCGUGUUGGCCUGAAGGAUCCUGAUAGACCAAUUGCUGCAAUGAUCUUUUGCGGUCCAACUGGGGUUGGCAAAACUGAAUUAACAAAAGCUUUAGCAGCGUGCUAUUUUGGGUCGGAGGAUGCCAUGCUUAGAUUGGACAUGAGUGAAUAUAUGGAGCGGCAUACAGUGAGUAAAUUAAUAGGAUCACCCCCAGGUUAUGUUGGUUAUGAAGAGGGGGGUAUGCUUACGGAAGCUAUUAGAAGACGACCGUUUACGUUGUUAUUGCUUGAUGAAAUAGAGAAAGCCCAUCCGGAUAUAUUCAACAUCCUUCUCCAAUUGUUUGAAGAUGGUCACCUCACAGAUUCACAGGGUCGAAGAGUAUCUUUCAAGAAUGCAUUGCUGGUGAUGACUUCGAAUUUGGGUUCUUCUGCCAUUGCAAAAGGUAGACGUGGCUUGAUUGGUUUCUUGCCCGAGGACGAUGACUCAACUUCAUAUGCUGGAAUGAAGGCUCUGGUAACGGAAGAACUCAAGGCAUAUUUCCGUCCAGAGUUACUCAACAGAAUUGAUGAAGUAGUUGUAUUUCGAUCUCUGGAGACAUCUCAGAUGCUUGAGAUUGUAAACCUGAUGUUGCAAGAGGUUAAGGCAAGGCUCAUGUCUCUCGGAAUUGGUUUAGAGGUGUCUGAAUCAAUCAAGGAACUCAUCUGUCAACAAGGCUACGACCAAACCUAUGGUGCUCGACCCCUUAGGAGGGCAGUUACCUCAAUAGUUGAAGAUCCCUUGAGUGAAGCACUCCUGGCAGGAGAUUACAGGCCUGGUGAAACGGUUGUUAUCGAUCUGGAUGCUUCAGGAAGCCCCAUUGUUACAAGUCGAUCAGACAGGAACAUCAGCUUGUCUGAUACAGCACCCAUCUUCUAGUUACUUAUUCCUAGUCAUGAUGUAACCCUAUGCCUGUAAAUGGUACAGGAUUGUUUUUUGGGUAGUUUAGAGUUUAUAUUAAUUUAUUCAAGUGUAUAUAUACAAGUAAAGCUUUUAAGUUAUAAAAUAAUACAAUACCAGUAUAUAUUUCAUUUUCUCAUUUCUCCUAUGCUG